AUGGACGGCCCGUCCGUGCCUUUCACCGUCCGCGUCCUCAAUGACGGCGUUGAUCUUGCAGCAACGUCAGCAAAGACCUCGCCGCCCGGAGCCUUCAGCGACCUUCUCCCGGCUACCACCCGAGCACAGAACGACGAUAUAACCGUGCCGCAAGCCGAAAACGUCGACUUCCUGGACCGAGAACUCCUCGUCCGACGUCUGAACGACGUCCAGGACCUUCUCUGGCUCUGCGGGCGUCCGAUGCCCCCGAGGCCCCUCCACUACCAGGUCCUGACUUCGCGGGACAUCCACGUCACAGAGAACCCCGAGCUUCAUCUCGUCUGGGCCAAGAACCGUAUCUUCGUGAAGCCGAUACCCCGAUGGCUGCUAGACCCAGACUUCUGGGCCGCCCAUCUGCUCGUCACCACCACGGCCAAUGUCUGCCACGACGGGAACAGACACCAGCCCGAUCCGCGGAAGGAUCUUGCGCCGUGCGCGCUCGGAUUCCUGUUCACCUACACGGCUCUCAUCGCCUACGAGAGCGAUUUUCGCAUUGCCGUCGAAAAGGGCCUUGUGCCGCACCAAGUGAGCUGGGACCGAUGGCGAGCUUUAUCCGCGCAAAUCGUGCAGAAUCACUGCUACGCGUCCGUCAAUCCGCGGUACUGGUACGGCGAGCUCCGACUGAGCCGGCUGAACAAGAUCUACCGGUUCCGACUGGGGCACUUGCUUCGGGGAUACUCCAAGGUAGCGUCUUACGCAGUCUAUGAGGACCUGUUGCGAGAUAAUUUCGGCACACUGGCUGCGGCUCUUGGUUACGUCGUCAUCGUCCUGACUGCCAUGCAAGUCGGGUUAGGCACCGAUCGCCUGAUGGGAGACGAAUCUUUCCAGAACGCCAGUUACGGAUUUACGGUCUUUUCCAUACUAGCCCCUCUCAUCGCUGGCUUCGGUAUCAUCUUUUUCGUGGUCAUUAUGGUUGUAAGCAACUGGAUCGUAACUAAGGUUUAUGAGAGGAAGAGGUUUCGGGAGAUGGGAGUCGAGCCCUUUUGGAGGGAUCAAAAGGAUGGCCAGAUGUCGGACAAUUAA